UUGACGGGUAGCCAGUCAUGCAGCGAUCUCCUCCCCAAGCAGAAACAUGAUCUUGGAUGUAAAAUGAACAUGUUUAGUAGUCAUGGUUUUCUGUUUUUACAUGCCUUAUUCUGCCUAUGCUCAUGUCAUGAUACUGAGAUAACAGGGGACACAGUCAUUGCAAAGUUACAUGGAUCAAUAGAACUCAAUUUUAAAGAGAAGUCUAUUGUAUGCAAUGCUAGUGUGGAAUGGAAGAGAGUCAAUGGACUAGAUUCAACAUUAUGCCUAAGAUUUGAUCCACCAAAUAGCAGCAAAUGGUUGGGGGACUUCUGUAAGAAAGCACAAUUUCACUGUCAAAACAACAGUCUUGUCCUCAACUCUGUGGGCCCUCAAGACGAAGGAAAGUACAUAGAGGAAAUCAUCUUAACAAAUGGUACGAUAAAGAAGAUAUUCUUCACACUGAGGAUCAAAUAUCCUCCACUGAUAUCAAAUUUAAGCAUCAACUCAACUCAGUCGACUCUAAUGAUAAUGUGUGAGGCCAGCGGAGGGAACGUGUCAUACAGCUGGCUGAAAGAUGGACAGGGCCUGCAGAACAUGAACCAGACUCUCAUAGUUCAUGAAGCAACCCAUAAUGACUGUGGGAACUACACUUGUGUGGCAGCAAGUGAAUGGGGACGUUCAAGUGCUCAUGUCAACGUUAAUGGUGAAUAUGGGAUAUGUAGAGAAGGCCUGGAAAUUAAGAUUUUGUCUGCUGUUAUUUGUGUACUUGGUUUGUGCAUCACUGCUGUCUGCAUCAAGAAGUUUCAUGCAGGUAUCUGCAGAAAAGAAUCAGGGACUCAAGAAGACAGAGGAAACAGUGGACCAAACACAGGAAUGCAAGAGGAUCGUUUAUACGAUGAACCCAGCAAUGUGCAGUCAAACCUGCCGGAGGUAGUCCUGCCGCCUGUAUACAGAGACUUCAUACCAGGAAGAUUUCCCACCGGCCACGGAAAGGAGGUGAAGACAGAGGCUGCGUACUCCACCAUUGGGGAAGUCCAGGAGCAGGUACAGACACUUCAAGCCCUGGAGCAGGCAGAGACACCUGUGGUUCAGGAGCAGGCAAAGACAUCUGUGGCUCUGUAUCAUACACUUACACUUCAAAACACAUUAUCUAAAAAGGCAAUGUGACAGAAAAGCAAUAGGUCUAUGAGACAAUAAAUUGUCUGUGUACGUGUAUGAGUGGCACAAUAUAUUUCCUUAUGGUGGACCUUGGUUUUGAAAAUCACUUGAAUGUGAUGUUUGUGCAAUGAGGAGUAUUGAUAUAUCAACCAAUAUGUUACAUAACAGAUUCCAACGCAGAUUUCACUUAUCAUUGUUACUACUUUAUGACUUCUCAUAAUGCCGUGAGAGCAAAUGGCAGACAUGAAGGACUCUAUGCACUUUGUUGUAUUUGUAUUUUAAAUACACACGAUUCCUGUUUAUCGCCUUUCUUUGCAUUUUUCCUCUUUACACAUGGUGAUGUACCAUAGAUAAUUUUCUGUAAACACAUUGCAAUGUAUCGCAGAUUCACUGCAUCGUGAUACUGUUAUCAAGAGCAACAUAUUGUGGCAGAGUCAUAUUCUGAGUUACUCAUAGUAUAAGUAUAUAUACUCUUUUGAUCCCGUGAGGGAAAUUUGGUCUCUGCAUUUAUUCCAAUCUGUAAUUUGUGAAACACACACAACACACAGUGAGGUGAAGCACUAACCCGGAGCAGUGAGCGGCCUGCCAUGAGCAAUUCAGCCGUGGAUGUGGGUGACUGGUGACUUGCACUCCUAGCAAACAAACGGUGUUUACAAAGAUGAUGAGACAAAUGAGGCAAACAAAUGAGAAUGGACAUAAACACAUAGUAAAUAAUAUUUAUUAAUAAAUGGUUCAAAGGAAUGCUUUUAUUCUGUCCUUAUUUUGACUUUGACAAUGCUUUCAUGAUUGUUGAUGUCUAUGGCAGUUGCUGAUGGCAAAUGUAGAAGCAAUUACUCUUUUUCACCACAAAACCGAAGUAGUGAAUGUACUGUAGAGCUAUUUGGAAGUAUGCAAAUAAUGGUUCAGUCCGUUUGACUGUGAGGUGUGCUUCCCAGUAAAUAAGCCUAUAUGCCGAAUCCUAUAGUGGUCCUAUAGUGGGUUUGCACAGCCCCCAGUGGAGUCAUGUGUUGACCAGAAUAGGUCUCUUUGAGCGUACCCACCGCAUCUUCACCACAUUUGUCUUUGCAUCUUACAAGAUUAUUCAUGUGUGCUCCUUCAACCUCAGCUGUGCAAUAGGCCUACUUGUUAGUAGACAGGAAAUAUUUUCAGA